AUGGCAACGGUGUUGGACCCAAACCAAUCUAUACUCGCCGAGGAAUACUCUCAAUUUAACGACCAUCAAAUAAGAUCCGGGAAAGACCUAUUUUCAAGUUUAAAUGCAAAACAUGGCGAAGGUCUGAAGGUGUUAGACAUGGGCUGUGGAACGGGUGAACUAACCGCAUGUAUUGCAGACAUGCUUGGUGCUAAUAGCGAGAUUGUUGGAGUGGAUCCUUUAUUGGAUAGAAUAAAUAUUGCCGUGAAUAAAAAUCAGCGAGGAAAUCUCAGGUUUAUACAUGGCCAAAGUUCCAGCCAAUUUCCUCAUCAUAACGAAGCGUAUUAUGACAUACACUUCAGUAAUUUCGUCUUUCAAUGGUUGCAUCCAAUGGAGAAAGAGGUUUUCAUCGAUACAGCGUUCAGAGUUCUCAAACCUGGAGGAAGAAUCGCUAUUCAGAGCGUCGAGGAAAAACCCGAAAUUCUAUCUGCUGGGUUCAAACAUCUUCUCGGCGAUGGUUUCGAAGAGCAACGGGUCCCGGAGUAUUUCGCGAGGAAAUCAGAAGUCGAAGUAAUGUUAAAACAAGCCGGCUUUGUUAUCGUGUCCGCCGAAUACAAACCGAUUAGCAACAAAUAUGAGAAUUUGGCGCAUUUUCUGGCGUGGAUUCGCGCAACAUUUUAUAUCUGCGAGGGUAAAUUGCAAGAAAAUAAAGUUAAUGGUGGAUUCUUACAAAAGUUUGUCAAGGAGGAUGGAACCUUGACUAUGAUAGUACCCUCUGUCUAUCAAAUUAUCGCUCUGAAACUGAACCGCAAGACUCUAAUUAACACCAAUAGAUUAUAA